CCGGGCGGGCGGGCCUUGCCGGGCGGGCGCGAUGCUGCUGGUGCUGUCGGAGGAGCAGAAGGCGCACCUGGGCCGCUUGCCGCCCGCGGGCGCCGCAGCCGUCGGCGAGCUGGCGCGGCUGGCGGUGGAGCUGCUGCGGCGGGGCGCGGCGCCGCGGGCCUGCGAGGCGGCCGCCAGAAAACUUAACAUUAGUGUCGACACCGUUCAGCACGGGGUGGAGGGACUGACGUAUCUCCUCACCGAGAGCUCCAAGCUGAUGAUUUCAGAGAUUGACUUCCAAGAUUCCAUUAAUGUUCUGGGAUUCUCAGAUGAAUUGAACAAAUUACUGCUCCAGCUCUACCUCGAUAACAGGAAGGAGAUCAGGAGCAUUCUUAGUGAGCUGGCACCAAAGCUUCCUAGCUAUCACAAUCUUGAGUGGAGACUGGAUGUGCAGCUUGCAAGCCGAAGUUUGAGACAACAGAUCAAGCCUGCUGUGACCAUAAAGCUCCACCUUACUGAGAACGAAGAUGAAACUGCCCAGGUGUUGCAAACCGACCCUGCCACCCUCCUCCACCUCAUUCAGCAGCUGGAACAAGCCCUGGGGGAGAUGAAGACAAACCAUUGCAGGAGAAUCGUGCGCAACAUGAAGUAGUGUCGAACAGCCCUUCCUGUAUGUCCAGCAGCUUUUGGUGGUAUGAAGUCAGCAGCCUGCGACUGGCUUCUCAGUACCUUUUGGACAGAUCAUUAAACUCAGGUGAACUUCAUGCCAAGUGUAUGGAACAACUGAAAAUCCAACUCGUUUAAGCAUCACCUAGGUUAUUUUCUUAAAAGCAGAGUUAGCCUCAGCCCUUAGCUAUUUGCUUCUCAACAGAUUUGUAUCCCAGUGUAUUUUUUCCUGGUGUAAACAGCAGAGGGCAGAAUGUUUUGUAUAAUCUAUCGAGGAGAAGUUUCACUAUACAAUUAUUUCCAGUGUUUGUGUUCCCAUGAGAAUUGUUCAUAGCCUCAAGACUUAUCUUAAAAUGUAUCUCGCCUUAUAUUUUCCAAAUUCAGGAUCAGUUUUAAACUGCAGACAGUAAAAUGUCCAGUUUUCAAUCACUGAGAACAUUGUUUCUUGAACCUGCUCAUUAAUUUGCUAAGCUAUUUGGCAUAUAUAAAUAUAUAUAACCCAAUUCUUAAAACUCAGGUUGACAUAAUUUGUUUGGUGGUGUAAAAUGUUUGUGUUCUUUUAAAUACUGAGUAAACUCAAGAAGCAAUUCUUUUCUUCCCUGCCUCCCCCCCCUUUUUUUUUAAUCCCUUUGAAUGAACUCUCUAUGAUCACCGUGGAUUUUGUAAAAUCCAUUAAGUUUCUAAUCCAAAUUUUAAUCAACUCCCCAUCACUGAAGCAUUUAGACUCUCCUACAGGCUUUAUUUUCUUGUACUUUGGCUUGUCCCUGCCACACUUCCUUGCAAGCUUUUAAUAUACUAAAAGCAUUUUCACCUUUUAAUUGGCUAAUUGACUAGAUGGGGAAAACUGUUCUCAUUUAAACAGCUAUGGAGUUAGUUUAUGUGUACACACACAAAUAGAAUCAGUCCCUGAACUUUGGAUUAGGCCUACAAUUCCCAUUGAACAGAAAACCAACCUAACUAAGAUAUUGUCUUAACACUAUAUUUUGAAUUUAAUGUUGAAUGUAUUAGACCUGUUUUAAAUUUCAUGCAGUUUAUGAUAGUGUCCAUGUAGAGGCUCAGGGACAUGAAUGGCAAUUUUGUUUCUGUUCCAGUUUUUGUUCAAGAAUGCCCGUUUCCUAUACUGUGACAUUGUAAUAUUAACAAUAGACAGUGUGUAGGAAAGGAAGUCCAAGGUUAGGAAUAACCUGGCAAAAUUCCAUGAGUAAAGCUCUGCUGUUUCUUGCUUCCCUAAAUAAAGGGAAGGAAGUCUCCUGUCACUGUGCUUGUGGUCAGGGUCAGGUCUAUUGUAGCACAACCUCUUUCUUAAAAUACUCCCACCGAUUUGAUUUUCAAGGUAAGUAUAAAUUAAACUUGUGUCUUGAAAUUUGAAAAUUCUCUCACCCACCAGAUUAUUUGUAGUAAUAGGAAACACCAUUAUUUGAGUUAGAGUUCUGGGUUGUGUUAUGUGGCCUCCCUGGGAGGGGGCAAGCUGACCUCAGUGGAGCAGCAGAAAGGAGCAGCUGCAGGGACACUGCUGACACGCCUUCAGCUGUUGGCAAACGACCCUGCAGCUUCCCCCAGAUCCCUGUUGUGAACUGCUCAAAUGUAAUCUGCCUUCAUACUGAUGUGGGUGAGCAGUGUUUGUCUGUGCCAUUCCACUGGCUUUGCUGCAAGGGGAAUAACCUCUGAGACACACAUGGGUGCCAUUUCUUGGUUAGCACAGCUGUUUCUGAAAUGAAUGUCUGAGCAGUCAUCUACUAUAGAUGUUCACAUAGCUUUCUUGCCAGUAAAAUUACUUCAACUUAUAAAACAACAUGAACUAAGCUGACAGAAGUUAUUUUUGUUUGUUUUUUGGCUAGCAGGCUGUGUCCACAUUGGAGGUUUUGCUGGCUCAGAGAUGUUGGCUGGGGAGUUAUGCUUACAUAGCUAUUUUAGUGAAACUUGGUAAUACACACCAGGUCUUUGUAUUAAAUAAACCACAUCACAGCUGUCUACAUAGGAUGUGCUUUGCAUGCAUUCUGAGGUGCCAGCCAAGGUCCACGAGCUGCUAGCUACCUGAGAAACAAGCAGCCAUGAAAUGCACACAGAUAAAACCCAGAAUCUUCAGCAUUAGCCCCUUUGUUAGAAAACACCAUAUUUUUAUGGAAGUAUAACUUUCCAGAAGAAGUCUCAUGGAAAUUAGAUUAAUAUAGAACUUCUGGCAAGAGCAUAAUGUACAAAAUUGUCCAUCAAACAAUACCCAGUUGCCAAAAGUGCAAAUAAAAAUUACUAGUUCACGUGACAAACUGAUGUUUUUACAGUGUAAAUGUGUGUGUAUGACACACAUGAUAAAUAGGGUAUACUCAAAGUUACAUACUUUUAUAAAUCCUUUAUUUGAACACAAAAAAGUCUGCACUGUCCAAAAACAUUUGAACAGUACAUGAAAUUGAGAGAAAAAAAAGUUCUUGUCCUGUUUUCUAUAGUGUAUGAUCUUGUAAUUAGAAGAAAGAAGUAAUGAUAAAGAGGCCACCUACUCCCCAUUUGUGGUUGGGUUCCUUUAUUGUUUAAUCCAGUCCCAUUGUAAUUGGAAGCCUUCCCUGGAUUUGAACAUAUUGAAUGAUUUUCUAUAAAAGCUGGUGGUCAUAUCCUAUUUUUGUGUCCAAAGAAGGAAGUUACUAUUUGCUAAACAAAGAAUAAUAAUACCAUGAAAAUUCAUUUUUACAGUUUUAAUCACUUUCAGAUUAGUGGAGAGAGAUGCUUUAGCCUACACCAAGUGGCACAACAGCAGCCAAUUAUAUUAUUCAGUAAAAAACACAGCUGAAAUACUAACAUCUUGCUGAAGAAGACAGUUCUAGCUGUAAUACGGCUUAAAUUUAGGACAUAUGUGCCUGUAGUUACAAGGUGCCACACUGUCCUAUGGAAUUGGUCUCGUCAACGUAGAUGAGAUGGCACCAUGAAUGAUGCUCAGAGCUUUCCUUGACAGGCAUGUCAUCUGGAAAGGAAUGCAACAGGCAGAUGGGUGUGCCUUCACUCAAGGAUACAGAGGCCUGGAGGAAGCAAAAAAGCCCUUGUAAAGGCUGUGUGGAAAAUCACUCACGUUCAGAUCAUUAUCUGUGCUAUAACCACAUGCACACACACACAAUCAUCUCCUAUCCAAAGGUUUUACACAAGGAAGUCCCUGAAAAAAAUGAUAUGUAAUAUCUGCAUAACCUUGGAACAGCUGCUGCCAUUAGCACAGCUGCCUGAGCUAGUAAAAAUGUGAGCAAGUUUCCCAGUAAGGAAGCAGCAGAAGAAUGGUACAAAAGAUAGCAUGGAAAAUUCUUAGGGAAGGGAAGUGAAGCAUAAACAAGUCCAGGAGUGCUGGGUUUCCUGAACAGAAAUACAGCAGAUGUGACAAAAAAAGCCAGUCAAGGAGGAGAUCUGCCUAGCCAAUGGAAACAUGAACAGGAAAUACAAGGAAAAAUAAAUGGCAGGGAAUGUUUGUUGAAGCAAGGAAAUUAGGAAAUGCACAAGCAAGACCUGCUCCAUAGAGCGUGCUGAUCCCAGCCCAGAGUUCAUGACAGGCUUAAACUGAGGCUCUCAGAAUCUGCAUGACCAUUAUUAAAUGUUACACUGAUCAAGGGACAAAGGCUGUUCAAGAGCCACGUCCAAGUUCCACACUGGAGAAGCCAAAUGAAGUUCAGACUAGGUCGUGCAUAAGAAAAAAGUAAGUUCAGAAAAAUAUUAAAGACUCUUCUAAUGUAGAUUCUGAUUACUGAGAAGGACGUAUUCUUAUCGAGCAGCAUGGCCUGGAUACUGUCCAAAAUGCACCAAUAAAGCGAAGAAAUGUAUGACUAAAAUAAAGUUGUGUGAUUAUAUCGUCA